AUGAAGUCCGUUUUUAGUUGGCGUCACAUUAUUUUGACUGCCGUUGUGGCUGCCGCCGCUCUGUGCUUGGCUGCUGCCGCUUUGGGGUUGGCUGCCGGGUUGGCUGCCGCUUUGGGGUUGGCUGCCGCUUUGGGGUUGGCUGCUGCCGCUUUGGGGUUGGCUGCCGCUCUGGGGUUGGCUGCUGCUCUGGAGUUGGCUGCUGCUGCUUUGGUUUUGGCUGCUGCCGCUUUGGUUUUGACCGCUGCUUCGGGGUUGGCCGCCAAUAUAAUUAGCGCCCUGAUCCUCAACGCUAUCUUCACUCCCGCUGUCUUCGGGGUUAUCAAAUUCUUCGAGCGCGUUCCAAAUAGCCAAUUUUCUUUGAGUUUGGUUCUGGUACUCCGAUGGAUCAAGAUCGAGUUUGCUUAA